GUGUGAGAAAAUGGCAGACGUCUCUUUGGAUGAAGUGAUACGACAGCGCGGUAUUAAUACCAAGGUGCCCGCCAAACGACCAAUGUUUGGACGGGGUGCAGGAGGGACAGGCAAGAGUUUUGAUGCCCGGCAGAAGAUCGGGGUCGGUGAUGUCAGACAGAGACUUGGAGGAGGAACGGGGUUUCAAGUUAAGGAUGCCAGAGAAAAGCUGGGUCAGAAGGAUGCUCGCUUCAAAAUCCGCGGCAGGGGAGGAGCAGCAGCAGGAGGAGGAGGAGUGCAGGAUGCUCGUCAGAUGAUCAACUCACGCAAACAGGGGCAGAGUCAGUUCACCGUCCCUGCACAGACCACGCUAAAGACAGCAGUAACGCACCAAGUACAGAGCCAGACACUUGUGCCACAGAUACAGAUACACGCCGUCAAUAAUUUCGCCGGCGUGAAUAUGAGGCAGUUUACCCCCAAUGUACAAGGACUGAAUGUGAGGGGUAGCACGACACCACAGCUGAGCAAUAACAACAAGAGAAUGAUGGACGCUCGCGACAGACUGAGCCUCAAGAGGAGCAUCGGAGGGAUACAGACACAGGCAGCCGGUUUAAAUCCAUUUAAAAUAACCAAGACCAUCCAGCAACAUCCAAUGGGAAUGUCCGGUGGAAUACGUGCAGCUUCACAGCCUGUCUCCAAUGAUCACGAUGGCACGCCCAGUAAACAAAUAAAGAUAAAUACUGAUAACAGUGUGCUACAAUCACGGCCGGGUACAGUGGGUACCCCUUUCUCCAUGUCAGCCCCGAUUACCAAGGUGUUUAAAAACGAUGCUUACACAGCUCCACGUCCUCCUGUCCCCGUGGCUCCUACUCGGCCCAACCCCAGCAUGACCGCCAGCCGGUCCUCAGCUGCAGCCUUGCAGCCAGUCUCCAGGACCCUUCAGCAAAGCACAGCAGAAACCAGCAAACCACCUCCUGCUCCCCCUCAGCCUGCGUUCAGUCCUUUGGAGGGGACGAAAAUAACCGUGAACAACCUGCAUCCCCGGGUCACUGAGGAAGACAUAGUUGAGCUGUUCUGUGUGUGCGGUGCCUUGAAGCGAGCGCGGCUGGUGAAGGUGGGCGUUGCUGAAGUGGUGUUUGUCCGCAAGGAGGACGCCGUGAGCGCAUACAGGAAGUACAACAACCGCUGCCUGGACGGUCAACCAAUGAAGUGUAACCUUCAUAUUCAGGGAAAUGUCAUCACUUCUGAUCAGCCCAUUCUAUUGAGGCUCAGUGACACUCCAGGCACCGGCAGCGGUACAAAGAAAGACGGCCUGCCCCCCUCCCUGUCUCGCCCCGCCGGUCAGCGAGCCUCCUCUCAGCCCACUCCAGAGGUGGACCCCCAAACCAUCCUCAAAGCUCUGUUCAAGUCCACCACACAGUCCACCUCCACCACUGAGCCUCCCAGCUCACAGGCCACCGCCUUUCGCAUCAAGAUAUAGUUCCUGUCUAGUAUGAAUACACUGUCAGUUCAUAAACAUAUUACUGCGUUCUCAAUGUUCACAUACAAACUAUGGUUUUCAUCUCGCCCAGCAGGCAGCCUGCACACUCUCUCAUAUGAAGCUGAUUUUUACACAUUUGAUAUAAACGACUACUCUGAACGUGAAGUACAUGGAUACACAACAUCUUUGUUUUGAUUUCGUGGUAUUCAAAUGUCGCCUGUUUGUUCCUGAUGGACCAACUGAAAGAAGUGUGAUGUGAUUCAUUGUUUUAAUCCAAUGUGGUGGGGGAUGCCAAAUCACGCUGGAUGUGUAGGGUUUUUUUUGUUUGUUUUUUUCCCCCUUUUUUGUGUCAAUUCAGUGCAAAUCUAUUUGGAUGUGAUGAGUUUUGGGUUUUUUUUAUAUUCCAGGUUAACUUUACAUGUCCCCAAAAAAGGAGAAAACUGAACAGAAAAGAUUGACAAACCGUUAGCAACGUUUUCUUCACCAAUAGAUGUUCUGUACACUCGCACAGCUGUGUUGUUAUAUUGUCUAUAACUCAUUAAAGAUUAUUCUGCUGUUGUCAAACUAGGGAUGGGAAUUGAUAUGAUUUUUAAAAUCCCAAUACUGUUAUCAAUUCUGCUGUAGGUCCAGUUCUCUAUCAAUUCCUUUAUUGAUUCCUGAUCUAUUUUCUGUGAAAAAAGUAGAAAAGGUAAAAAAGGCUGGAGCAAGUGAUUCUACUCAGAGGAAAGAAUGUUUGGAGAUCAUCACCAAUUUCCCUCAGUAUUACUGUACAGCCCUGCAGCGUGUUGAGCCAAUGGGCCGUCAGCUAGCCCAUUAGCUCCGGUUGGUAACAGCUGAUGGUCCACUGUCUGUUAGUUAGCACCCUUAACUCCACAGAACAGUGGCUCUCCCUGCAGCCCAGCCUGGUCACAAUACCAGGUCUUCAAGAUUAUUCUGGGUGUUCAUUUGCUGCAGCGUUCUUAUCACCCAGACUCUUUCAUAUUGCAAGUUUCCAGCAGUGUUGAUGCAGGAGUUUGACAUCAGUGUUUUUCAGUGUGUAACUAUCAGGAAAAACAUGGCCGCAUUAAUAAAAGGAAUUGAUAAAUUCGGAUUUGUAUAAUUGCGAUAAAUUGGAUAAUUUGGAACCGAUUCUCAAUUCCAAUCCCUAAUACUGUCAAAUAAAACGGAAUAUACACAAUACAAAAAAAGAAGAAACAAGAGUUCACAGUCAAUAUAACUGAUUAGGCAGGGUGAUGAAAUCUUACUAAUCAAUAUAACUUACCUGUGUGAGUGUAUCACAAAUUGGCAGAAACCAUAACUUGAAUUACAGUAACGCAGUUCUCAAGCAGUCAGAUUACGCUGAUGUUUAGUUUGGUUUUACCAUUCGUGUUGCAUCCAGAUUCUUUUGUGCUAUGUUUGUGACUGGGUUUACUCGGUUGUCCUGUUUGGAAGCAGCAAAACGAUUGAUUCUUUCUAUUAUAGAUUACAAACCAUUUAUGUUCAAAAACUGUAAAUGACUUUGCUUUCUUGGUAUGUCAUUCAAUAAGAGACUGGAGAGGUCAGAUCUGUCUGUAAAAUGUCACCAUUAAAUAUUUAGCUUUG